AUGGAAGGCACACAGCAUUCGAAGGGACUCGUAAGAGAUCAAAAUACCAUGGCAUUACAAGACUUGAAUGCAUCAGACAGUGGUUCAACAGACCAUGUCCUACACGGAAGAAAAGCUUCUACAUACCUACGAAUCUUUAGAGAUGAUGAUAGUAUAUCUAGUAAUAAUCCAGAGUUCACUAGCAUCAGAAAUAAUAGCAACGAAGAUCUCACGAGUGUAAAAGAGAUGGACUUCGAAGAAGAACUUGAUGCUGAUGAAAAUGAUAAUAUAAACGCCCCCUCUAUAGAUUUUGGUAAAUACCCAGAGAAUGAACUACGGCGUAAUGAAAAAUCAUAUACAAAACAAGACCAGGAUAUAUUCGCUCAAAUGGCUUCACAGGCACAUGAGACAGAUUUACAUAGAGAUCCUAUCGAUAAUGAUGAUUUAUCACUUGAGCCUGUUUCCUCCGCCACAUACUAUCCUCAUAAAUCAAAAUCAACAACCAAGAUCUCUUCCAAUGAUAUAGAGCUUAACGAUGUUCCAAGUGACUCAGAUACUGCAUUUUUGAAGAAAAUAGACCUAGAUACAGUAAUUUAUGAUAAUGAAGACAAAGUUAACGGUACCGGCGAAAAUCCUACCAUUACUGCAUCAGCUUUUGAAAAGAAAAGUACCAAUGAACCAAAAAAUAAAGAAGAUGAAAACGCACAACUUGCAGAUGACGAAGGGGAAGAGGAAGAGGAAGUGGACGAUGAUGUCGAUGAUAAUGAAUACCCACUGGCUGUCGAAUUACAACCUUUUACUAAUAAAGUGGGGGGCCAUACGGCAAUUUUUAGAUUUUCUAAGAGAGCCGUUUGUAAAGCUUUGAUGAAAAGAGAAAAUAGAUGGUACGAGACAAUGGAAAUUACCAACAAUAAGUUACUGCAAUUUAUGCCCCGCUACAUUGGCGUCUUAAAUGUUAGGCAGCAUUUUCGCUCUAGACAGGAUUUCUUGAAUCAGGUUCCUAAAAGUGCGUUAAGUAGUACUAAAUAUAUUCAAACAAACGAAAAUACUGUAAAUUCAGAGAAGAAAUCAAUCAUAUCACAAUUCAAUGACUACAAUAAAUCAGCAACCUCAAAUUUUGCAGAACAUAAAAGUACUUGCGGUGAGCAAGUAGGUUCACCGUUAGAGCAUGUGCAUUCGUUCACCCUCGGAGAGGCUUCAUCACCAAAAAAUAAAGUGAAGGGCUAUCGUAAUUAUUGUAAUGAUCUAUUACCAGAAGUAACAAUCGAUGACAACAAGCAUAUUAUUCCUGACUCCUUAUGGGGCCGCUAUGCCAACAUCUCGCCGGUAGAUUCUUUCCGUGAUGAUAGUUUCUUAUCAUUCAAGGGUAUGUCAAAUGGCGAAACAGAUGCUGCUCCAAGAGGCUACAGCAAUAAUAACACUGGGGAUAAUACCAAUGAUGCGUAUCAAAGGCGUGACUCUGGGUCGACUUUACUCAAUACAAAAUUAAAGGAUCUUAUUUUGCAGGAAGUAUUUGCACCAAUUUGUGUGAAAAAAGAUGGUAUGGUGGACUGUACUGAAAUACCAACAAGAACUGUAUCAGGUAAAUAUAUACGAAAGAAAACCAGAUCGGCUUCAACUUCCUCCAAUCAAGAAGUUCCUUCUACAAGAAAAGAUUCGAAUGCUUCUUUGAAAGAGCUAGAUAAGCAACUCGGAAGUCCACUAAUGAAAAAAUCCUUGAAAGAAUCUAUAUCCAAUGCUAUUGAUGCUUCCCAUUCAGUAAUGGAUUUAAAGCAAUUUCAUAAAAAGGAAUCUCUCAGAGAGACCUUGUCAUCAUCCAAGUUCCAUAAAAGAUCAAGAUCACAGCAUGUAUCUGCGCAAAAUUUGGAACAGUGUGACGAAGAAGAAGCAGAUACAAAUAUCUCCCGAGCAAGCUCAUUCGUUAGAGCAGAUACAACGCCUCCACCAGAAUCCAUUACUUUUGAAGAACAUACGGAUACUAUUGUCUCGAAGUUUAUUCUUUUAGAAGAUUUGACUCGUCAUAUGAAUAAACCAUGUGCCCUUGAUCUGAAGAUGGGCACUAGACAAUACGGCGUAGAUGCAAGUGCUACCAAACAAAGGUCUCAAAGAAGUAAAUGUUUGAAGACUACAUCAAGAAAACUGGGUGUACGUAUCUGUGGUAUUAAGCUUUGGAAUCAAUCUUAUUAUAUAAAGAGAGAUAAAUAUUUUGGACGUCGUGUUAAAAUAGGGUGGCAAUUUGUGAGAGUUCUAGCUAGAUUUUUAUAUGAUGGUGUUAGUACCAAGAGUAUUGUAAGGCAAAUACCUAGAAUAGUUAAGCAGUUAGAUCUAUUGGCUACAGAAAUAUCGAAUUUGAAAGGCUUCAGAUUAUAUGGCGCAUCCUUAUUAUUAAUGUUUGAUGGUGAACCUGAUAAUAAAAAGAAACAGCUCAAAAUCAAAGUCAAUUUAAUUGAUUUUGCGAAGUGUGUUACGAAAGAAGACUUAGAGGAAGGUAUCAGAUUAAAUCAGUUAAAUAUUCCACCACAUCACCAAGAAUUGGAAGAUGUUGGUUUUGUUAGGGGGAUAAAGUCUCUAAAAUUUUAUUUAGUGAAUAUUUGGAAAUAUUUAGCAGGAGAUUUACCCAUACCUUCUAAUGAUGAAGAAUUAAAGGAACUUCUGGAAAAGGAACAUGAAACAUUCGACAAAAAUUGGGAUUGGUUGGAUGAUUUUGAUAAAGAGGAAGAAAAUGAAUUUAAUGACCCCGAUAGCAAAUUACGUAAGAAAUGGAGAAAGUACGAGUUGAUCUUUGAUAUUGAACCGAGGUAUAAUAACGACAGCGAUAUUAGUGAUUGA